UCUUCCAAAAACCCCACUCACCAUUACGCACACUCCAAACUUUUGCUAUUUUUCAAAAGUAGUGACUAAACCAAUCGUAACUGCGAGGGGAGGUAGUUUUAUUUCUUUACUGUGGUCGGGUUGACGCUGUGUCUGUGCACGGUGGAGAUUGACACAAGUAAUUAGUUGCCUACGGGUCUGUUUUCUCUCCUCGCUCUUCUUCGUCGUUUUAAACGUGCCGUCUGCUGUGCUACACCUGCCUGUUUAACUCCCCAACCAACGCAGAUGGGCGCGGCUGGGACCGAUGCCCAAGAAUCUCUGUUUUGGCUUGCCUGGGAAAGUUAAGAAAAGAAGAAAGUGAGGAAAAAAAAACGUACAAAGAUUCAGAGGACGUUGGGGGACAUCCCUCUUGUGCGCAUCUUGGAACUAUACAACAACGUGCUCAAGGACUAGACGCAGCCCCAUCUUAAGUAAACUUUGGAUUUGAGUGUUUUUUUGCGACUUAAAGCCAUUAAGAUGAAGGGAUGGAGAGAUUAACAGGAGGGAUGGACUUCUCCACAGGAAUGUCAGAGGAGAGGGUUGUGACAGACACCGUUACAUCUAAGUCCAGACUCACUUCUCUCCCACCAAAGGGAACUGGUGGAUCAAAUCACAGAAUUAUGUCCACUGGAGCUGGCGGGUUGGGCCUGGAGAAGAAUGUCUUAACCCAGAACACCAGUGGAACCUAUUUCUCUUCAUCCUCUGUGGGGGUGAGCAGCAGCACAUAUGCCUCCUCCUCAGGCGUGUACCUGAGCGGGGACUCUUCGGGUGGGGGAGAUGGAGUAGGGGGCUUCCUGGAUGUGGAGAGCUAUGGCAGUGGUGGAGGAGGAGGUGGGGGAGGUGGGGCAGGUGGAGGUGGGGGGAGCAGUUACAUGGUCAGCUCCACCUCCGUGUCCAAGGUGAGGUCCAGUAGCUCCACAGGGGGAGGCAGAAGGACGCAGACGGCAAGCUCAUCUGGAGGAGUCUCACCCUCAACCUUCAGGGAGAGGAAGGCCGUCUCCAGCCGCUCCGGGGGUUAUGACGGAAGUUCCAGUGCAAAUUCCUCUCCCGAAUUUACGCGCAAAGAUUAUGGAAACUAUUGCGCGGGCAACUCAAGAGGAAGAAGCGAAAGCAGAGAAAGCGAGAUCCGAGCCAGACUGCAGAGUGCUUCUCCCUCAGCCACCAGAUGGACAGAACUGGAUGACGUGAAGAAACUUUUAAAAGGCCGUUCGAGCAGCGUGAGCCCCACUCGCUCCUCCUCCGCCUCCAUCACUCUGCCCGUGCCCAAAAAGACCACUGCGGAACCCAAGACCGUCUCUGUGGCAACUCAGUCAGUGUCCAGCAUGUUUGACACUGGCCUGAGAUCGGACCAGUUCAUCGACACCACUGGUCUUUAUGAUAACACCAUCUCAUUUGGACAGUACAGCGGCAGUGUGAAGUCAGGCCAGUACGACACAGGUUUAAAGACCAGUGCGUAUGACGUGAGUGUCCGAUCAGGCCAGUAUGACUCUGGAGUUAAAGCGGGCACCUACAGUGGCAGCCUGGCAUCUGGGCAGUUCGAUACAAUGAACGGGUACAAGUCCAGCCAAUAUGAUAUGAGUCUAAAAUCCGGGCAUUAUGAUCUGGGGCUGAAGACGGACCACUACGACUCGGGGGUGAAGUUGAGUCAGUAUGAUAUUGGGGUGAAGUCUGGUCAUUCCACUAUUCGCUCGGCCCAAUAUGAUAAUGCUACAGUGGACGCUGCUCUGCCAGCUUUUACCUGGUCCACGGCUACUCUGCCCUCCCAGUCUGCCCCCGCCGUGAGUGCCACCAGCUACAGCUACCAGAUCAGCACCAACAACAUGGGAGGGUCCGUGCCACUCAGUCCUGCCUCUCCAUCCUCACUGUCAGUGUAUGGUUUUCAGAAUAAUUUGGGUCCCACGUCUGGCAGUGUGCUCACCACCAGUGGAGCCAACACCAGUGCCAGCCUGGGAGGUUAUGGAGUGCAGAAAAACAUGUCCAGUGGGGCUGUCCUUGGCUCUGCAGUUUCCACAGGCACCAGAUCUCAAACAGAAGACUCGUAUAAGAGGUUUGUGGCUGCAGAUAAAGAGAAUUUUUCAGCCAAGAGGGAUGGGGAAACUCUGAUCCUGGCCAAAGACAGUGGAAAGCAGUUUACAAGCGGCAGCAGUGUGCACAUUGGAGGAGGCUCUCUGUCUGGAGACUCCAUCAAGAAGGAGAAACUCAUCUCAAGCUAUGGAGAAACAACUCAGCUAAAGGCUGACCUCGGACAAUCGUAUUAUGGAAGCUCCGGAGUUUUGAUGAAAGAUAAAGCCACAUAUGCGGAGAUCCGUCGGGACAGUGGGGUUUUUGGAGGUGGGGGAUUUUGCUGCUGUUCUGAUUCGUGCUGCUCGUGGUGGAAAUGGCUGCUCGGACUCCUCCUUCUUGGCCUUCUCCUGCUUGGACUUCUCUUUGGUCUCAUAGCUCUGGCGGAGGAUGUGAGGAAGCUAAAAAACCGCGUUGCUACACUGGAGGCCGAAGCCGCUGUCACCUCUGCCCGGACCAGCCGCUUCUCUGGUGGAAAUGAAAUCAACAAUUAUGUCGAUGGAGCUGGGGGUGCGGGGUCUAGUACUGACACCAAGCUCUACAUAGGGGGAGGAGCCAUAGGAACGGGAGGGGGCGGAGCAACAGCAGGGGCAGGAACAGUGGCAGGGGCAGGAGGGGCGACAGGGGCAGGAGGGGCAACAGGGACAGGGACUAGCACAGAUACACGGGUAGGGGUGGGGGUGGGAGUCGGAGCUGGUGGUACUGCCGGAGGAAAGGCAGGGGGCGUGGCGGGUGGAACUUCUGGCACUGGUGCAGGUGGAGUGACUGUGGUUGGAGGUGGAGGGACGACUGGUGGAGGGGCAGGUAGUGCUGGGGGGGCAGUUGGAGGAGGGACUGGUGGAGGAGGCAGUAAUGGAGCAGGGAACACCAUCAUCUACUUUGGAGGAGGAGGAGGCACCAGCGGAGGAGCGGGGACUGGCACCGUCACUGACACAAGAUCUAGAUACACGGAGAGCAGCAGUGGCACUAGCUACACAGGCUCUACCAGCUAUGGUGGAGGCAGCGCUGGGGGUGCUGGCUUCACCUGGAGCGGGGGACAACUGGAUGCAGCCACUCUUCAGUCGGCCAUUCUGAACAUGUUAAGAACUGAACUGCAGUCACAAGCAUUCAGAGCAUAUUUAGUGUCUUCUGUUCAAGGAGAGCGGGGGCUACCUGGACCUAAAGGGGAUCCAGGCUUGAAAGGAGAAACAGGUUACCCAGGAAUUCCAGGUCCCAUGGGUCAUGCUGGUCCCGAGGGUCCCAAAGGCCAAAAAGGAAGUAUGGGUGAAGCAGGACCCGAGGGGCCCCCAGGUAUCAGGGGUCGUGAGGGUCCACCAGGCCCCAGAGGAGAGCCAGGACCACAUGGUUUUGGAGAGAAAGGAGACAAAGGUGCUGCUGGUGAACCUGGUGUUGCUGGAAUUAUGGGCCCGGUUGGACCAAAAGGUAUAGUGGGAUCUCCUGGCCAUGUUGGACCUCCAGGCCAACCAGGUGUGCAAGGAUUCCGUGGCGAACCAGGAUUACCAGGGCUCAAAGGUGACAGAGGACUUCCUGGAUUCCAAGGUCUCAAAGGUGAACCAGGCGACAAAGGUCCAAGGGGUCUGCCAGGUGACAUUGGUGUACCUGGGGUACCUGGUCCAGCUGGAGAGAAAGGACCUAAAGGAUCAAUGGGUCUUUCUGGGCAAGAUGGUGCAAAAGGCUCAAGAGGUGAUCAAGGCCCUGUUGGACCUCCAGGACUCCGAGGCCCGGCUGGUCCUCCUGGAGAUGCUGGUUUGCCAGGUCAGCCUGGGCUUCAAGGACCUCCAGGAGUCGCAGGAAUUCCAGGGCGUCCCGGUAUCAAAGGUGAACCCGGUGAACCAGGAAGGAUUAUUAAUGCAGCCGGUUCUACCUCAGUUGGCAUCCCAGGACCCCCAGGUCCCUCUGGUCCCCCGGGUCCUGCUGGACCUCCAGGAUUAUCAGGUCCCAUUGGUCCUGCUGGCCUUCCUGGCCAAACUGGUCCUAAAGGUGAUAAGGGCGACAAAGGGGAGCCAGGAGUGAGCGUGACCACCAGUGAAACCAUUAGCUCCAGUAGAACUCAAAGCCAGUAUUCUGCAAGUGGAGCGUCUGGAGUAGUUGGCCCACCAGGGCCCCCCGGACCCCCAGGACCACCAGGGCGUCCAGGAGAUUCAAGACAAGGUCCACCUGGGCCUCCUGGUCCACCUGGCCAGCCCGGCUAUGGUAGACCAGGGCCUAAAGGAGACAGAGGAGACUCAGGCUUUGCUUCCAGCUCAGGUACAACAUUCUACACCGGGCCACCUGGACCACCUGGGCCUCCCGGACAGAAGGGAUCAACAGGAGCCCAAGGACCAAGAGGCCCCCCAGGGGAACCAGGAAACACAGUUUCUUACAGUGGAGUGCAGACUGUGCAGGGACCACCAGGGCCACCAGGGCCUCCUGGGCGCCAGGGACCACAGGGAUUCAAAGGAGAUCCUGGAGUCCCAGGUAUUCCCGGCACAUCCAGAGGCUCAGUGUCUGUCACUGCUGGCCCACCUGGUCCUCCUGGACCCCCAGGACCACCUGGAACGCCAGGCUUCUCUUCUUCCAGUGACAUCCGCCAGUACAUCAGUGAAUACAUAAGCCGUAGUGGCCAGUUUGCUGUACCAGGACCUCCAGGCCCCCCUGGACCUCCUGGGGCCCCCGGAUCCUACACUGGCUCUCUCGAUGAUCUGUCUGCUCGUAUCAUUGCAUACUUACAACGGUCAAGUUCUAGUGUGAGAAUCGGUAUACCAGGACCUCCAGGACCCCCUGGGCCCCCGGGUCAGGGUUCCCUGACAGUCAGUGCUCUCAUAGCAUUGUUACAGAGAGAUGAUGUGAGAAGAUAUGUGAUAGGACCACCAGGCCCACAAGGACCACCUGGACCCCCAGGAGCAACUGUCGAUGGCGGUUAUGGUGGUUACACUAUAGAGCAGAUAGCCACUUAUGUCAUCAAAAUCAUCACUGACAGAGGACUCACUCGAGGACCACCAGGACCACCUGGACCUGCCGGACCCCCAGGCCCUGGAGGCUCAGGAUUCACUACAGCCACCAUUGAUUAUUCUGCUCUUUUGAGAAAUCCUGAAUUCCGCUCGUGGAUGACCUCUGCUAUACAACACAGUAAUGCUGGACCCCCAGGCCCACCCGGUGUCCCAGGACUGCCUGGUCCCCCUGGACCACAGGGACCUCCUGGAGUGUCCACCUCCACAGUCUAUGGCUCAGGAGGUCGCAGCUACAGCUUUGAGGACAUCCAGAGAUACAUACAGACUUCUGGCUUACGAGGUUUGCCAGGGCCUCCAGGUCCCCCAGGCCCACAGGGACCACCAGGCAGUUACAGUGGUUCUGUCACAUACAGUGGAAACUUCCCCCGAGAGAGUAUCCGUUCUGAGGUGCAGGAGUAUCUGUCCAGUGAGAGUGUUCGCCGCUCCAUCAUGGGACCUCCAGGGCCUAAAGGACAGAAGGGAGACCGUGGAGAUUCAGGUGUUAUUCGCACCCAGACUCAGAGUUUCUCUCAGGGUGAUUCUCGCUAUGGCACCCAUGGGACUCAGAUCAAAGAGAUCGACAUCAGUGGGCUCACAGAGACACUGGACUACUCUAAUGUGGCCAUGAAGGUCACAGACUACAUUAAGAAUCAAGGCCUCCUGCAGGAGUAUCUGGUAGAUGGACCUCUGAGUCGAACUCAAGUUCGAGCUAUUCAGGGCCCUCCUGGUCCCCCAGGCCCCCCCGGCCCUCCGGGAUACAGCCGUGUCCUGGCCUCCUACGGCAACAUCACUGCUGACCUGAUGGACUUCUUCAGAGCACAUGGCACCAUCCCAGGCCCUGUAGGACAACCCGGUCCCAGAGGGGAAAGGGGCUACCCAGGACCCAAGGGAGACAAAGGUGAUCCGGGACAACCAGGUCUACCAGGAUUACCAGGAACAUACACUGUACAAAUUCCACACAGACUCCAGAAGAGAGACACAGCUAAAAAAGUGCAUGGUCUUCGUCACAAAGAUCUUCGCCCAGCUGAUGGAGGCUGAACAUAUGAUUCUACUGGGUCAUCUGCAUUUCACUUUUUCUCACUUGUAGAUGUUUUACUUUGUAGCAGUUUAUCCAUUUUAAAUGCUCAGGCUUGCACAUGUUUGUGGAUAAAUAAAAGUGGCCAAAUGCAUCUGUCUCUCCAUACUGAAAUGUUACAUAGAAGGGUGAAUGAUUGAUUUUAGACAUGGGUGUAUAAUGUUUACUUGCCAAGUUAGAAGCUUGCUUUUAUACUUUUUAAUGAAAUAUUGUUUUAUUGGCAUUUUCGCUUGUUUUGUGCGUUUCUUUGAGUGUCAUUUAGUGUUGUGUUUUGUAUUUUUGCAGGACUAUAUUGUAAUAAGGAAUAUACACUUGUUAAAUACUGAUGUCAUUGUCAUAAAAGGGCUAUAGCAAAUCAUUUUCUUUUUAAAGUGCCUAUGACAGGUUAGACUACUCACUUUCAAAAACAUUCACACCUGUUUUCCCAGUUUGGCUAUUUUUUUAGGUUUCAGAUUUUACUUCUUGGUUGGAAAUCAUAACAUCACACUAGAGAAUUCCAUAACUGUUACCUCGCAAAACUCCUCUAAUGUACACAGAAAUUAGCAAGUGAUAAAUACAAAUAUAAGAUAAACACCUUUAUUUGAAUGAAAUCCAGUUUAAAGUAUCAGAAAAAAAUGUGUUUCUUACGUGUAAAUUGUGCUGAACUUUUGGACAGAAUUCUCUCUAGUGUGAUGUCAUCAGUGUGUUUGAACUACUUCCUGUAAUUUUCCAACAUGUUUUUCAACUUUUUUUCACAAAUGGCUUCUUGAUUUGUGUAAAACUAUAGUUUAUAUUUAAAAUAGCCAUAAUCCCAUGAUAUGAAUUCAAAAUGAUCAUAAAAAUGUGUCAUACGCACUUUAAAGCCAAUAUUUUAAGACUGGUUUACUCAUUUAAAUCAGUUUUCAAAAUGCAUAGUGAGUUAUCUUUCAAAUGGACACAAUGAAUGAACUGAGGCUAGUUUUUGCUUUACUUGAAAGGUGCAAUGAUGAAAAUAGUAUUGAAGGCCUAAGAUGGAGUCAGAUAAUCACAAAAAAUUCUUCAUUGGUUUGUAUAUUUUUGUAAAAUUGAGCACUGAAAUAUACGCUUUAUAGUGUUGGAAAGAUGAUCAUGAUUUACAUUAAAAUGCUAUAUUUGAAUAAAUUUAUUUUUUGGAAUCGUGA